AGUGACUUAGAUGCAUUUUCUUCUUCUUUGUUGGUUUUUUGGUUCUGUUGAUGCAAGCAUUGUUUAAUCCUUUGCAGGUGUAAAGGUCUCAUCUUGCAAUGGUGGAAAUUAAGCAUUUAAAAUAGCUUUCUUUGUUUGAUCUUAGGUACAGGAGCCCACCAGUACGCUAACAGUAGAAACUUGUUCAGAUUGGAGCUGAAUUUCGAAAUCUGUCUCCUUUAGAGCCACUAGUGCACCCAGGAAAAAAAAAAAAAAAAACCUCACUUUUGCAAACUGUUAGGUUUAUACCCCAGUGGUGCUUUUAGGGUAUCCACAGAAACUUUCCCAAUUUGCUCAUUUGAGCCCUGUAUGAUCCUUUAAAACAAUUGUGCAAGAUUCGGUUCUUGCCCUAUUUCUCCUUCUGGAAAUGAAUGGGGAUGAAGGAGAAAAGAUUGUGUUCGAGAUUGGGGUGGUGGUUCCAAAGAUGAAUCAAAAGGAAGAAAAUGAGAUUUUCGGCUGCGUCGAGGUUCUUGUAAACGAGUUCAUGAAGGUUGGAUUGAAAGUUGAGAGGGUUCAAGGCAUUAGCGACGAGUUUAUAAAGUUGGCAGCACCUGUGGAAACCUUGGGGAGGGCUGCAGCUGAGUUGCAGAUGAAGAAGCCUACCUCUAUUGGAAUGGAUUUACAAUUUGAGUGGGAAAAUGCUGACGCUUUCCUGAGACAGCCUGAUGGUUCAUUGUUCAGUUGGUGUGAGCGUUUCCAGUGCUACCACCAUUUAAUAUAUGGAACAAUAAAUAAGAGCAAGGCAGACAUCACUCUAACAUUUGAUGGAAAAGAGAUUCAAUGGAAAGAGAAGGAAUCUUUACUGCAUAGAUUGGAAUCAGAGGGAAUUGUUAAACAAGUUUUUCCUUUGCACGAUGAAAUGAAGAGGAACAAGUUCCUGAAGAGUUGGGCACUAAAUUUUAAGGACUACACCAACCAGCCAAUUGAUGAGAUUUAUUCAUAUUUUGGAGUAAAGAUAGCAGUUUAUUUUACUUUCCUGGGAAUGUAUACACGUUGGAUAACUUUUCCAGCUGUACUUGGGCUUAUUGUGCAGUUGACCGAUUUUGGAUCAUUGCAGUUCCUAGUGCAGCCUAUUUUCUUUGCAAGUAUAGUCUUGUGGGCUGUGUUGUUUUUCCAGUUCUGGAAACGUAAAAACGCUGCCCUCUUGGCCAGAUUGCAGAUAAACAAUUCAGUCAGCACCAGCCAGGAAUAUAGAGUUUUGGGUAUGGAGUGGAGUUCCCUACAGUCAUCCAUGGGACUUGCUAAAAAUGUGGGUGCUGAUAAAACAAAAGUGAAAGCAGCAUUGCAAAGAUACGAGUGGCUUGGUUAUCUCAUGCGUUUCAGAAAUGAUGCUAUCAUUAUUUUGAGUAUUAUCUGCCUCCAAUUGCCAUUUGAGUUGUUUUAUGCUCAUCUUUAUGAGGUUAUCAAGUCUGAUAUUGUUAGGUUAGGCUUAACUGCUGUUUAUAUUUUUGUCAUUCAAUACUUUACAAAAAUUGGAGGCAAGAUAUCAGCCAGGCUCAUCAAGUAUGAAAUCAAUGAAAAUACAGAAUAUAGAGCUGACAGCUUGGUCUACAAGGUCUUUGGUCUUUAUUUUAUGCAGACAUAUAUUGGGGUUUUCUAUCAUGCGCUAUUACACCGCAACAUUAAGACCCUUCGCAAACUCUUGAUCCAACGUAUGAUAAUCUCUCAGGUGUUUGAAAAUCUCAUGGAAAACUCUUUACCAUUUCUCAAAUACAGCUAUAAAAAAUAUAGAGCUGUUAGAAACAAGGAAAAAUGUGGGAAAGGAUCAACUGGAAAGGUCCAGUUUGCUUCCAGGGUGGAGAAGGAGUACCUCAAACCUUCGUAUUCUGCAAGCAUCUGUGAGGAACUAGAAGAUGGGCUCUUUGAUGAUUUUCUUGAGUUGGCACUGCAGUUUGGAAUGAUAAUGAUGUUUGCUUGUGCAUUCCCCCUUGCAUUUGUCUUUGCAGCCAUAAACAACCUCACAGAAAUUAGAACAGAUGCUCUGAAGCUGCUGGUUGUGUUCAAAAGACCUGUUCCACGUGCUGCUGCAACAAUGGGAGCUUGGCUAAACAUAUUUCAGGUACUUUGGUCAUCUAAUUUUCCAGUCUAUCCAUCCAUCAUGCAUUUCACAGACAAUUGGCAAAUUCAAAGUGUAAUAACAAAUGUCCUGAGUAAGACACUUUUUUACAUUUACUUUAUCUCUCUUUCACAAUAAAUGUUAGUGUAACUCUUUUCAAUGAGCCUUGCAUAUGUAUUUAGUAAUUAUUAUGGCCACUGCUAAACCAAACUAAUGGAACAGAUAAUGAUUGGACGUACUGAAAUUGCAAAAUGUUCUUACUAAAUAUCUGAAACUUUGUUCUUAGGGCUAGAAAAGCAAUGGCCUAUUAUACAGGCCCUGGAUUCAUGAGUAGCUGCAAAGCCUGGGACUCAAUUGCAGCCACAACAGGAGAAUUGGGAUUUUGAUAAUUAAUAAUAACAAUAAUGUCAAAAAAACAUAAAAAACUUAGGUGAAAAGCUCUCCUCAUGAGGAAUCAUGAAGAAAGAAUGGGGUAGGAACCUUCCAAUGCUUCCUUCUCCACAAACUGGAAAAAUCAUUGCUGCUUUCUUAAAUUUAUAUUAUCCAUGAAGUGGUUCUUGUUAAUAACUGGAAUAUAAGCAACUGCUCAUCCAUGUUUAUUUUUUUGAUAUUCAACUCUUUAUCAUUAUCUUCACUGAUGCAUGUAUGACAAGAAUAUCAGUUCCUCAUAAUGAUGGCAAUAUGCACCAACUCUGCACUUCUAGUGUGGUUAUACGACCAGGAAGGGAAAUGGAAAAUCGAGCCUGGUCUUGCUGCAAUUCUUAUCAUGGAACAUGUCCUGCUGCUAAUAAAAUUUGGGUUUUCCCGCUUUGUUCCUGAGGUGAUCAUCUCUUACUCUAGCCUGAUAUAAAGGUCAC